AUGAAUGACCCCGUCAAAAGAAGAGCUUCUCUCUAUUCAAAUCAACUUCUCAAAGGUCCAAGCACACAGACCAAGGCUUCAGGAACCGGUUUAUUCAAGAUGCUUCCCAACAACGUUAACAAGACUUCCCUCCACCCUACCGGUGUUACUCCUCACCAGGAGCACACCGAGCUGGAGCAGGAGCUCCACGACAAGGCUCACAUCGAUUAUGACCGUGUCGCCAUUAUCCCCAACCCUUCAGUCGCUGCCCUCUACGAGGAUGCUCUUGUCUACGAGACCGGUACCGCUAUCACCUCCAGCGGUGCCCUGACUGCCUACUCUGGUGCUAAGACUGGUCGAUCCCCUCUUGACAAGCGAAUUGUCGAGGAGGCUUCUUCCAAGGAUAACAUCUGGUGGGGACCUGUCAACAAGCCCAUGACUCCUGAGACCCGCGCCGGAGGAGCAUCUCCAUUCCAGCGACUUCAAUUGGCUUUCCCCCGAGGAUACCCGGAGCAUGAGCGUCAUGGCUUUAAUGGCUUGUCCACUGGUGCUUAUUCUCUUACCCAAUUGCCUGGUCGCUGGUUGGUCUGGAAGAUCAACCGAGAACGUGCUGUCGACUACCUCAACACACGAAGCCGUAUCUAUGUCAUCGAUGGUUUCGCCGGCUGGGACGAGAAGUACCGCAUCCGAGUCCGAGUUAUCUGCGCCCGUGCCUACCAUGCUCUCUUCAUGCGAAACAUGCUUAUCCGACCUUCACGAGAGGAGCUCAAGGACUUCCACCCCGACUACACCAUCUACAAUGCCGGCAAGUUCCCCGCCAACCGAUACACUGAGGGUAUGACCUCUGGCACCUCCGUUGCCAUCAACUUCGAGCAGAAGGAGAUGGUCAUCCUCGGUACCGAGUACGCUGGUGAGAUGAAGAAGGGUGUUUUCACUGUUCUCUUCUACGAGAUGCCUAUCAAGCACAAUGUCCUCACUCUCCACUCCUCCGCCAACGAGGGCAAGAACGGCGAUGUCACACUCUUCUUCGGUCUCUCUGGAACUGGCAAGACCACUCUCUCUGCCGACCCCAACCGAGCUCUCAUCGGUGACGACGAGCACUGCUGGUCCGACAACGGUGUCUUCAACAUCGAGGGAGGUUGCUACGCUAAGACCAUUGGCCUGUCCGCCGAGAAGGAGCCCGAUAUCUUUGGCGCUAUCCGAUAUGGUUCCGUCCUCGAGAACGUUGUCUUCGACCCCCUUACCCGUGAGGUCGACUACGACGAUGCCACCCUCACUGAGAACACCCGAUGCGCCUACCCCAUCGAGUAUAUCUCCAACGCCAAGAUUCCUUGCCUGUCUCCCAACUCUCCCUCCAACAUUAUCCUCCUCACAUGCGACGCCCGCGGUGUUCUGCCCCCCAUCUCCAAGCUCGACCGCAACCAGACUAUGUUCCACUUCAUCUCUGGUUACACCUCCAAGAUGGCCGGUACUGAGGACGGCGUCACUGAGCCCCAGGCUACCUUCUCCAGCUGCUUCGCUCAGCCCUUCCUUGCCCUGCACCCCAUGAAGUACGCCAAGAUGCUUGCCGACAAGAUCGAGACUCACAAGGCCAACGCCUGGCUCCUCAACACCGGCUGGGUCGGUGCCGGUUUCGCCCAGGGUGGCAAGCGAUGCCCUCUCAAGUACACUCGUGCCAUUCUCGAUGCCAUCCACUCUGGCGAUCUUGCCAACGUCGAGUAUGAGAACUACGAGGUCUUCAACCUCCAGGUUCCCAAGACCUGCCCCAACGUUCCCUCAGAGCUUCUCAACCCCUCCAAGGCCUGGACCGCUGGCGAGGACAGCUUCAAGACCGAGGUUGUCAAGCUGGGCAAGCUCUUCCGCGAGAACUUCACCAAGUACGAGAGCGAGGCUACCGAGGACGUCGUCAAGGCUGGCCCCGUUGUCUAG